CCGCACCGGGCUGGCUGCUGUGACGUGGCAGUCGGUAAGGCGGGCUCGGAGCGGCGUGGACAGGCCGCGGUUCUGAAGAUGUUGACGCUCGGCGAGUGCUCGGUGCUGCUCGGCCUCCUCUCCUACCUGUGCGGCGCCUCGGCCUACUUCGUCAGCAUCGAUGCGCACGCUGAGGAGUGCUUCUUCGAGAAGGUCACGUCCGGCACCAAGAUGGGGCUGAUCUUCGAGGUGGCCGAGGGCGGCUUCCUGGACAUCGAUGUGGAGAUAACAGGACCAGAUGGUAAAAAUAUUUAUAAGGGGGACCGGGAGUCCAGUGGAAAAUACACAUUUGCUGCACACAUGGACGGAACUUAUAAAUUCUGUUUCAGCAACAGAAUGUCCACAAUGACCCCCAAGAUUGUGAUGUUCACUAUUGACAUUGGAGAGGCACCGAAAGGACAUGAUAUGGAGACAGAAGCUCAUCAGAACAAGUUAGAAGAAAUGAUCACUGAGCUGGCUGUGGCAAUGACAGCAGUGAAGCAUGAGCAGGAGUACAUGGAAGUACGCGAGAGGAUACACAGAGCAAUCAACGACAACACGAACAGCAGAGUGGUCCUCUGGUCUUUCUUUGAAGCUCUGGUACUAGUUGCCAUGACUCUCGGACAGAUCUACUACCUGAAGAGGUUUUUUGAAGUCCGAAGGGUUGUCUAGCAUCCCUUUGUAGAAGCUCAGCAUCGGAACCACAAUCUGAAAAGUAUCUGGUCACAACAGCUUUCAAUACUUUGUCACGUGACUGAAAACCUUUCACGCACUGUGUUAAUGGUCUUCAUUUACUGCUGUUUAUUUAAAACCCUUUGUAGUACAAUAUUGGGAGUCCGUGGGUUUUAAAGAAUAAUUUGCAAAGGCCUAGGGUUGUAAUGUAGGGGAUUUUUAAUGCUCCAAAACAGCUCUGAUCAAAAAAGGGAUCUGACUAAUACACAAACCCAGCUAAUGUUUUUAAAGCAUCUCUGUUACAGUGUGUAAGCAGUUUAAUUUGUUUGCAGUGCUGUACAUAGAUCGCCCUUGCUUUUUGGAACAUUAGUGGUUCCCUACAGCUAUGUUUUUUAAAGUGGCUGUGCAUUUCUGUGGAUGAUUUCUGAAAAUUUAUUGUUAGUUUAGCACCUACAAUAUAGAUUUGCUGUAACUCUGUCCAGCCACUUUAAUGUUGUUGCAUCUGAUUUUCUUUCCCCUUUCAUUAUCUGUUUUCACCACUGGAACCAAAUUGGCCUCUGGGGGUUUGGUGAUCGGUUAUGGAUGUGGAUGUUUUUAUAAAAAUCCAUAUGGAUAUGAUUUUUAUUUGCUUUGCUGUAAUUAGUUGGUAACAUUGAUGAUGGGCUUAAACUGCAAACAAAGAGGAAAAGCAUUAGGUGUGUGGGUUGCUGAUUAAGACGUGACUGGUGUGAAUGAGUUACUUGUACUGGGUCUUUUGAAAAUCUUUCACUCAACAAUUUUGUACAAUUUACAGUUAUAGUUUCCCUUCAUGUUUAGAGGUCAACUUGUAUUACUUUAGGGCAGCAAAUGGUGGGUACAGCAGAUGAAACUCUACAAUCCCACAACUUUACACUAUCAAAGGUACUUUUAUUUCUAUUAAAGAUAAAGAGAAUGCUACUCGAUUCUGGAAACACAGCAAUUUAAAAUAAUCCUCUCUGCUGUGGACAAUGCAGUGGCCCAAUAACACUUGGUUUGUUAACUCCACCGACGACCUGUAACCUUCCUAGCGGACAGAGUGUCUAAUCUUUGGCUGUGAUGAGAGAUGACUUGUUUCUGAUACCACCUUUGGUUUCUAAUCGUCAGCGUGUUUGUGAAAUUAUUGACAGGAAUCUCCGCAUUAACUGAAACAUUUCUCAUUUUAAAACCCCUCAAGGUAAAGCUCCUCGGAAAAGUGAAGAUAUUUUGUGGGCGGGUAGGUGACAUUUUCAUAUAAAAACAAAGUUCCAACUGAUAUAAAACCCAGAACAGUGGUACGUUUAUAUGUUAAAAUCUCCCGGAAUUUGUUUGUGAUGGAAAAUUAAUACUUAAUUUGCCAGUUCAAACUGAUUAUCACCACAGUCUAAACCAGAUUAUCAUCACGAUUGUUUUUAGAAGGUUGCAGGUCUUCAGUGGCUGGAAAUGUCAUUGUAUAAAUAAAUGCUCUUGUUAUUUUGUACCGGGGACAUUUGCAACAAUUUGGAAUUUGGCUGGUGGACACUGCCUGCAAAGACUUUUGAUGCAUUAAAAACUUGUGGGGAUUGUGAGACUUUCAAAAGAACAGGUUUAUAAAACUUCACCAUUUAAACAGAAACCGCUGUCUGCCAAUUCUUUUCAAAAUGUUUAUGUAACAUCACAUCUUGAGUGGAUCGGAUGUGAUAUGAUGUAAAUUAAAGUCAAAAGUGUGUCUCCAAUAAAAUGACCCCAAGCCAAUGAGUAAUUAAUGUAGCAUUCUCUUUAAAAGUUCUACAAGGUGUGGAGAAGCAGUGGUCCUUAUCUGUGUUUGUAUUCUGUCCUUUGUGGGCCUAUGUUGGUUUCUGUAUGCGUACAGGUAAACAUUAUGGAAAACAAAAUUCCAAUUGAUUUUUUUUAACUCAAAGGGAAGCAGUAUAUAUGUAAAAACUUGCCAAAUCUUGUGAAUCCAUUCUUUAUUUGAUAAUUUCAGAUGUACUUUGUAAUGUGCUGCUUUGUUGGUAGGAAUUUAAAUCAUAUGAUCCAAUAGGCUCAAACUGCUGUACAUUCAAAAGCAAGAGCCAGCCAGUGCUGUAUAACCAACAGUACAUUGCCCCAGCUGCUCUGCUCUUCGCAACGUGCCCAUCCCCCUCCACCCUCCUGAUGAGAGUGUAAUUUGUGAAUGAUUUUGAGUCAGUAUUAACAUGGUUGCUGAAAGUCUGUGAUAUGUCAGUGCUGAGUAUUAGUUUAGUGACCUGGCACAACAAGAAUCACUAAAGGUAGACACACAAUGUUUUUAUUUUGUGCUGCAGGUGCAGUUUUACUCCAUCUCAUAAUGAAGUUGGCCAAAUUAGUUCUGAUUAAAAAGGGUAAUUUGCAAAACCUGGGAAUCUGAAACAAAAAUUCUGGAAACACUGUAAGGACAAACAAGUCAAUGUUGGGGGGAGGGGGGUACAAUCCUGAUGCAGGGCAAAACACUGAAAUGCUCAUCAUCGCUCCUCCUUACAGAUACUACGAUUAGUUCUGCAAAUGAGCUGGUUUAUGUAAUUGUGGUUAUUAACCAGAGCUUUGUCUACUUAAUAACUUUUUUCAACUAUUCUUGUACAGUCACCACCACAAAGACACCUGGUCUUCCAACUUUGAAAGCUUCAGUGCAGCGACAGGUAUCUAGCUUGUGGUAACCACUCAGUUGAUAAAAUUGAAUUCCAAUCCUAUUUGUAUUUUCCACAAAAGUGUACUUGCAAAUGAGAAAUAUAUGCAUUAAAGGAAUUUACAGUAAA